AUGGCGACCUUUGCCAAGAAAUCUUUUAAUGCCUCUGUAUAUGCUGCCUCCAGGCCGACAUACCCCAAGGCUCUAUUCGACUACAUUUUUGCAUACCACGAAUCUGGCGUCCUUCCUCACCAACAGCCGGUAUCUGAUGCCUCUCGACCUCGCUACAGGCCACGAUGGGACCUUGCCGUCGAUCUAGGAUGCGGAACAGGUCAGGCUACGAUUGAGCUCACCCCGUUCAAGAAGGUCGUCGGCGUCGAACCUGGAGAGAAAAUGCUGGAGGCCGCGAGAAAGUAUCUAAAGGAGAGAAUCGAUGGAUCCCGUUUCGAAUUCGUCAAUUCCAGUGCAGAGCAUCUGUCCUUCCUCGAAACUAACACCGUAGAUCUCGUCGUUGCAGCCCAAGCAGCUCAUUGGUUCGACUACUCGAAACUGUGGCCUGAGAUAGACCGCGUCCUCCGCCCAAGCGGAACAGUGGCUUUCUGGGUGUACUCAGAGUUCCGCCUUCCUGCGUAUCCUUCUCUGACGCCUCUCAUCACCGAAUACGCACAAGGAACGGAUCCCGCAACAUCGCUUGGCCCACACUGGCAGCAACCAGGACGGUCUAUACUAGAAAACCAUCUUCUAGACGUACCAGAGCCAUCGUGGGGAAAGACAGAUCGAGUUUUCUUCACCGGGUCCCAUUACCCGAACCUUCCCUCCCCGCUCCCAGUCGUCUUACGCUCAAAGACGACAUGGGGCAGUUUGUUGACUUAUUUCCGCUCAUGGAGCUCAUUGCACACGUAUUUGGAAAAAGGCGGGGAGAAGGGGAUCGAGGACCGAUUCUGGAAUGCGCUGAGAAGGGGCGCAACGAAAGAGGGCCUUACGACGGUGGAGGAGUCUAAUGAGCUCAUGAUAGAGUGGCCUAUAGGCAUGAUACUGGUCAAGAAAGAGGAGAAAUGAGGACAGUCUUUUCUUUCUUGUUUUGCAGGCCAGAUCCGCUCUCGAUGCUGCUCAGAAAUGAGACCUGUAUUUCUUCUUGGAUAUUGUAAUCAUACCGCGGAUUCUAUGCAACAGUUCAUUUUGUACCUCCUGUUACCCUGGGAUCAAAGGAGCCAAUUCUCUCAAUCCUGCUGUGACGCCCGGGAGCCCAAUAUUCUGCGGUCGUGUUCCCAAUCUCUAUGAAACUCCUCCUGUUGGAUCGCCCAACGGCUACCUUCCCCAGCUGUGCUUUGAGCAUUGGUGGUCUAGAUUUAUCUCAAGAGCUUAUGGCAUUUACGAGCUCUAUGAUGU